AAUCUCGGCUUAUUAUACAUGCACUGCACUUUAUUUUCAAGAGUUUUUAUUAAAAGCGAUGCAUACAACAUCUGCACUGUACUCACAUAAGACGUCACAGCACAGUUCCUAUUGGCAGACUGUUUAUUUGCAGGACCUGCUAGCCAAUCACAGCGCAGGAGGAGGGCGUCUGUCUAAAUACGGGUGGGAAAACAAAACUACAGCGAGGCGAGAGUGUGCUCCUCCCGGCGCUGUGAGGCCAUGGCUCUCCCAAGUGGAGGGAGGUGGACAGUGCAGAGUUGCCUCCCCUUUCUCUGCCUUCUGCCCUGUGACCUUCUAGAAGACAGACUCCAGCUGAAGUAGCGAGUGACCGAGGCGCUGGUCAGGACCGAGCCUCUUCCAGCUCCGGUUAUGACGGAGCUGUGCUGGACGUUUAGACUCGAAAAAGAGACCAAGGUGAAGGAGUAAAGCUCUGUUUUUAUUUCUAAAACGUCUCGGAGCUCGAUGGACUCUCCUCAGAAGGAGCUGGUCGUAGUUACAGGAUUUGGUCCUUUUCGACAGUAUUUGGUGAAUGCAAGCUGGGAAGCAGCUGAGGGUUUGCAGAGGGCAGGCCUUGGAGAGGGCAUAGAGACCCACACUGUAGAGAUUCCUGUGAGUUACUCAAAAGCUCAGCAGGCCGUUGCUGAAAUAUGGCAGAAUAUGAAACCAAAGUUUGCCGUCCACUUGGGCAUAGCACCAGAAGCCAAAUGCAUCAUUCUGGAGCAGACAGCCAAGAACCAUGGCUACAAAGACAGAGAUGUGUGUGGCUUCAGUCCUGCCAAUAACUGUUGCAUUGAAGAAGGACUGGAACGGUUGGACUCCAUUAUAUGCAUGAAGUCCCUUGCCAAACACUUCAAAGGGCUCGGUCUGGAUGUCAUCUACUCCAGGGAUGCUGGGAGGUACCUGUGUGAUUUUGUAUAUUACUGCUCUCUUCAAUAUGGGCAGAGAAGGGCAGCCCUCUUCCAUGUGCCUGCCUCAGGCAGCCUGGCACACCCAGAGACGCUGGUCCCACAGCUCCAGGCCAUCAUCCAGGCCCUGUUAUGCCAGCUGGAUGCAUAUAGCAUCAGCAUGCAAAACCAAACAGGGCCAAGAGAAGAAGAAUGCACCAGAAGACAUAACACAACCAACAUAGUGAUGUGCAGCGGGCGUCUUCAAAGACAGUGGGGCCCAGAGUGUUAACCAGUUAAAACAUCUGAAUAUUUUCACAAAGAUGCAAUAAGCAAAGCUCAACACAGGCCUUCAGUCUCAUUCAUUUUUUAAUUCAAAAAUUUAAGAAAAAAAAAGAAAAUACAUGAAAAUUCUUCAGAUACACAUUAAGUCAAUGGCAUGUAAAAAGUAUACCAUCUCAACUAGAGGUGUGGAGAAAAAUAAAAUAAAAUGCGGAGGCCUCGGAUACAUAAUUUACGAGAAGACGAGAGUACCAGCCAAGCCAUUUUACCAAAUCAGUUUCUACCAAUCAGUUCAUUGACACAGAUAUAUUUCUUUUUGCGAAAGGAAAAAUGAAAAGCAUUGUCAAUUAAAAACAUCUCAGUACAGUAGAACAAGGCCCCUUUUUCAUUUUUUUUCUUUUUUCUUUUUUUCUCGGAAUGCCAAGCAAAACAACAGUGCCUGGAAAAUGGUGUUUAUAAAACCUCAAGCUCAUUAUUGCAAUUAGAAUGCAUCGAUGCAUCUUCUCUAAACCUGAGGCUUUGCAUUCUGAAGAAAUACAAUAAAAUUAAUAAUAUGAUACUUGAGAAAAGAAAAAUCAAACUUUCAGUCAAUCUACCUUCAGGUUUUGCAAAGAACUGGCAUUGCAACAAGCGCUAUUUCUACUGUAAACGUAUCUCUUUUAAAAUUCUAGUCAUGUUAACUCUGUCAUGACUACCCGUAAUCUACUGGACAUCGUCGUCCUAGUUGUGUCUGUAUAUGUACUUUAUGUUUCUGUAGUAGAUCUGUAACCUACGGUUAACUAAGGAACCUUGGCAGCAUUCAAUGAAAACUGACAUUCACUUUGCAACAGGCCAAUCCUUUUGUCCAUUUCAUUACAGAAAAAACAAACAGAAAUAAAUAUAACUGAUCUCUAUUUUUUCUCUUUAUAAAGACAUCAAAAAUCUACAUCACUACAUCUACAUGUGAUACACUCCCAUCCAUAUACAUAUGCAACAACACAAGCACAGGGCCUUUUUAAGAAUGGUGAUUUGGAUUCCGUCUUGUGCCACGCAGAAUGCUAUUGUUGGUUUUUUUUUUCUUUUCUUUUUUCCCCCCAGCAACUUGAUCUCCCAACCAGGUCUCCCUAUCACUGGCCCCAUUUUCAGCCCUGGAAUUCCUCUUACAAAAGAUUACAACAAAUUGAGAGUACAAGAACAUUUCGUUAAGUGCCACAAAGCAGAACUUCCAGGGUUGGUAAGAUUAUGCGCCACAAAGUCCUUUGUGUUCUUCCAAGGCCUUUACCAUAUCACUUUGCAAUGAAUCUCGAUUCGCUUUUUAUUUCAAUGCUCGGACCUCUUGACCACUCAGUAGAUGUUUUGAAAAAACCUUUCUGCUUAGACCUAACGCCUGUCCAAUGCUUCAGACAGCCAGCUGUGAUGGAGAGGCCUAAAACGUAAAGAGUGAAGCAGCAAUAAUAUGAGCAGCAGUAAAUAGGAGAGCAAGAGCGAGAGAGAGAGACACUAAACUACAAUCCUGUCUCUCUCUCUCUCUCUCCCUCGCUCUCUUUGAAAAAGGACAUAGUGUAAAGGAUCAUCUUAAUGACAUUAGGCCCUUCGUGUACGUGGUCAUCAGAAACGUCUGAAGCAAACAGAAGAAAAAAUCAGAACAAUGUUAUAAAACAAGUCCACGCAGCGAGUAGAAACUUUCAGGUGUUUUCAGAAUGCCAAACUACUAAAGGUCGGGACACCAGUUUCCCGAAAGAGCACACUAGAUCUUCUUAACUACAUAUAAAGUGUCACUACUUCUCAAAGGGAGGGGUUUUCAUUAAAGCAGGACGUGAAGUGUACACCUCAAGAUCACUCAUAGGGUUGUAUUACAAUAUGAUCACUAUAGGCAGAGAUCAUUAUGGUGUUAGACUGUUUUUCGGAAACUGGGUCCAGACCAUUCAACUCUUUGGCUGGUCAAUGGGUGUCGAAUGUGAGUGGCGAAGUGGAGGAAUGACAAGGCAACAGCACUGAAAGUGCUAACACAGUGGUACUUUUUGGAUAGCUGGAAGUCGAGCAGAUGUGAUCAGUGCUACAAUACGACUGAAGGGGCUAAUUCUGACUGUCACAUUGUUAUGACUGCUGCAGACAGAAGGUAUGUGUUGGAGUGGGAGUGACUGGGAGAUGUUACGGCAUGUGCUCUCUGUCAAGGCUUGGACAGCUCAACAGACUGAGAUUAUGUUUACAGCACAAGAACCAGAAACGAUACUUCUGGAAAGUUGCAGACCACAAAGUUUGAGCAUGCAUGUGAGUUUCAGCCUUACAUGGGCCACCCUUUUCAAGCCGAAACGUGUUUGGUCUUCAGUCACUAUGUGCUCAUUUCGGAGAACCUUCAGGGUCUACAAACCCCAGAUUACGCGGCCGAAUUUGACUGUAACAGGUCUGGAUUGUGAAAUGAUAGGGCCUGUGUAAAUAACCAAUAUAUGCCAAAUAGUGGUUUAGUUGGCUUAAGCUGCAUCUAUACUCAUUUAUCCCUUAAUAGUACUUUCCUGCCCAAGCUUUAUAAAUUCAUCAAUUUUGUUUAGGUAGGAAAUCAGUCAUAACACUAUUCGAAUGAAACCAUGUAAGCCAAACCCUCAAAGCCAGCUGCAUUAUGUGAGGAUUCCUGGUUGUGGAAAUCAUUGUGCUCUUUGGAGUGGAAAGAGGAUGGCUGGGCUGUGUCCCAAAUAGUGGAUUCUUUGUUCUAUGUAUAUUUGAGAUAUGCACUCAUGUGGCUUUCUACACGCACACAGGUAAUAGCCUUUUUCAUUAGGUAGAGCAGUAUGAUCCCUAGACUGAUCCGUCACUAUUAAUACAAGCUACAAGGAAUUUCAGAAAUUUGCAUAGUUUGAAAACUCUAAAUGUCUUAUUCUGAUUUUUGUACUGUGCAUUUAAACUGUAAUGUUCAUUAAAUGCACUGAAUUAAAUUUUCCAUCACUCAGAUCCUUCUGUAAUAUACUUUUUUG